AAUGUAAUCCUUUCGUAUGCUGGAGCUUUACGACAUGGAUUAAUUCCAAAUUUGCUUGCUGAAGGCAAAGGUGCAAGGUACAACUGCCGUGAUGCGGUUUGGUUCUGGUUGUACUCGAUUGAGCGUUACGUAAGAGAAGCUCCAAAAGGCCAUGAAAUCCUUUACUAUCCAGUCAGACGAAUUUAUCCCCACGAUGAUACGGUGUUCGGAGAGGAUCACAGGAGUGGUCGAAUUCAGGAAGAACCACUGAUCAAUGUGAUUGUUGAAGCUUUACAACGACAUUUUUCUGGAAUCGAUUUCAGAGAACGAAAUGCAGGGCCUGAAAUCGAUGAGCAUAUGAGAGACGAAGGAUUCAAUGUCAAAGUUUUCGUGGACCGUGCCACUGGCUUCAUUCAUGGAGGAAAUCGAUGGAAUUGUGGGACAUGGAUGGACAAGAUGGGAAGCAGUGACAAGGCCGGCAAUCGAGGAGAACCAGCGACUCCCCGUGACGGAGCAGCCGUUGAAAUACAAGCGUUAGCCUAUAAGAUACUGCAGUCGAUGUCAGAAUGGGUCAAUGCUGGCUUCAUAGACAAGUCAGGAGUCUCCUGUGGUCAGUUUUUAGGGUUACUUGGAUCAUAG